AUGCAAGACUCGCCACCCUUCCAGGUCAAGCGCCAUCUCAAAGGCCGCUGCCUCAUCGCCAGCAGAUCAUUUACCCCAGGCGACACGAUCCUCACAUUCACGCCCACCAUCCUCAUCCCCUCACUCUCCCACGCAGGUACUGUCUGCAGUCACUGCUUCAAACCGGGUGAGCCCCGAAGCUGCUCGCGAUGCCAUGCUGUCGCCUACUGCGACGCCUCGUGCCAGUCAGCGGCCUGGAAGGCCAUCCACUCCAAGGAGUGCAAGGUACUACAAAAGGUUGCUGCACAGGGCCGGCCAGGUCUCCCGACGCCCGUGAGGGCUGUUGUUCAGGCGCUAGUCAAGGCAGAAGUUGGCGCUGCGCUUGAGGAUCUGGAGGGAAAUGACUUGUGCUGGAGAGGAAGUGACAAGUGGGCGGACAUGGAGAUGAUGGCCAUGGGCGCAAGUGCGUUUGCUGGCCUGGGGACCACCCAAGAGGCUGUCAAAAAAGCCCUGAGUCUUCUAUGCAAGGUUCAAACCAAUGCGUUUCAUAGAUACGACGCGGAUCUUGGCCAAGUCGGCAUCUUUCUAGAACCAAGGCUUGCCAUGGCAAACCACUCGUGCAUUCCAAAUGCCACAGUGCAGUUUGUCGGCAGGAGAGCCAUCCUCAGGGUAGAGAGGCCGGUCAAGGCUGACGAGGAGAUUGAGAUCUCUUAUACAGACUACAACUACCCCCUAUCCAAACGAAAGGAAGCGCUCGCUCCCUACUUUUUCACCUGCGGAUGCCCUCGCUGCAGGCAAGACCUGAUCAACUACCAAGUGUGCGCCCAUUCUCCCGUCGUCGACAUGAACCGUCAGGGCCUCGUCUCGGAUCUCUCAAAGCUGCGUGAGCAUCCAGCAGGCGUAGACGGAGAAAAGGCUUCUCUAGGGAGAGAAUACAGCGAGAAGCUAGUCGACCUCAUCGAUUCAAAGGAAACGUCUGGCUCGUUAGAGGAGCGCCGUGCAGUUUUGCAAUCCUGGUAUCAGGAAUGCCAAGGGCUGAUUUCUGAAAACAUGUGGGCGGUAUCACCCCUACCGCAGCUCUUGACCGAGAUAUCGAUUCUCUACGCAGAAGAGGGAAACUUUGUGUAUGCCUUGGCAACAGCAUGCCAUAUCGCUACGGCUUGCGACCCAUAUCGACACGUGGCGCCGUUUCACCCGGUCCGUAUAAAGGGUCUCUUCCUCGUCGCAAAGCUUCUCGCCAACACGGCAGCCGACACAGCCUCCCUGGGCAACUCACCGACUGUUGCAGCAAGAGGGGGCCUUAAUCAGCGAGCACUGCAGACCCUCCAGGACAUCGAUCAAGUAUCGUUGUGUCAGAUGCUUCUCAUCAUGGUCCUCAAGUCGAUCCCAGCAGAGUAUGUCCAAGAGUGGGAGCUCUCCAUCUCGGCAAAGCAGAUGCUGGACGAGAUCAAGCAGUUGCCAGGCAGAGGUCAAGAACAGUCCUUAAUCAGCCUGUGGGAAGAGGAUCCAGAACACGACCAGGCGCAGGCAUUCUUCAAGUAUGCUGUGUUGAAGCAAGUUGAUGCUCUAUCAGACCUUGGGUUGGAAAUGCUCAAGAUGGACUUUGGUCGAUGA